AUGCAGUCCAUGAGCUACAACGCCUUCAUGGACGCCACUCGCUGCAACAUCGUCCGGCACGUGCACGAGACGGAGAUGUUGAUGCACCUGGUCCACGAAUACCGGGGGGAGGCCCGGAGGCGUGAGCGCAGUUUCGAGGAGGCCCAGAGGAGGUACAUGGCCGCCGAGGCCAAGUACCUGGCCUCCGAAGAGAAGUACCAGGCCUCCGAGGCCGAACAACGGGUGCUCCAAGAGAAGAUCGGAGCAUCCGAUGAGAAGAUUCGAGCUCUAACCGCCGAGCUCGACGAGGAGAAGGGCGCGCACUCGUUGGCGAGAUCCGAGCUGCGCGCCGCAGAGGCUCGGCUAGUUAAGGCCGAGGAGGCACUGGCCGCUCGUGGGCAGGAGUUGGAGGGCGCCCACGGCCGCCACCUAGAGCUCGAGCGGGAGCUUAGGGACCUUGAGCGGAAGGCCUCUUAUCACGAGGCCCGGGAGCUCGAGGCUCGGGAGAACGCCCAAAACGCGGUGAAGCUCUUCCGAGAGUCGGAAGAGUUUCACGACCUCAUGGCUGAGGAGGGGGUAAAUGGGCUAAUCCAAGGCUUCCGGGAUUUCCGCAACCAAUUGCGGCGGCUCCUCCCGGACUUCGAUAUAAACCUGCUCAAACCGGGAGCAGGGAGGGCGGAGGCGGAGGCAGAAACUCCGGUAGCCGAGGCGGCCGUAGCCGACCCUGAAGUGACCGAGGUUGCCCCCGAGGCCACUCCUGUUGUUGCCGAGGCCAUUGUAGAGGUCUCGGAUGCUGAGCCGACCACUCCCGGAACCGCCGAGGCCGAGGUGGCCGAGGUUGAGCCUUCGAUGUAA